AUGGACACGAAAGGAUCUCCACCAACGCACACCGUUUCACUGCCGGAGCAAAUCAUCACUUUCGAACUAUCGUCCUACGAAUGGUCGCAAAAUCUGUUGUGCAUUGCGCUGAUGGACAAGCUGGUGCUUGGCAGUGUGCGCUUUCCGGAAGAAAACGAAAAUGAAUCCUUCGAAUGGAAACAGUUGAAAGAGAUCCACCACAAAAGUCGACCGCAUUCGGUAGCGUUUGCUCCAGAAACUUCACUCGCCGUGGUUCCGAAGAAGGUUGUGAUUGCUAGUGCUGGAUCGGAUUAUAAAAUACGUAUUUUCCACAGCGAUCUGGAUCAACACGAUACCGUGCAACUGUUGGAAGGCCAUCGGUCCUACGUAAAUCACGUAAGCUGGGAUCCGGACGGUGAAUUCUUGGCAUCUUGCAGCGAUGAUAAUAGUUGUGUACUGUGGAAGUGUAAGGAAGAGUAUUGCCAGGGUCCUAGUUUUUUCUUCGGUUCUGCCGUCCUGUCCGCCAAAUGGCAUCCGGAGGAAUCAGGACAUCUUUUAAUUGCGGAAAAAUGUGGCGUAGUACACCUGUACAAGGUGCAUCUGAAAACGUCGAUGCUGUCGGUAGAAACGGACACAAAUCCGCUCAGCUACGCUGAUUGGAAUUUAAGCAACUCGGCGUACGUCGUGGCAAUGGCCAGAGGUAAUGUUUUCUUCUGGGAUUUGAAAAAUUCCAGCUGGCCUAUCGAAAACAAACCGCUGCACGACGAGUGUGGUCAAAUAGUGAAAUUUUCUCCACACUCCGAACACGUAGUUGCUAGUAUUGGCAAACCAAACGCAACGCUGAAAGUAAUACACAUGAAAAACAAACUACCCCAAAUAGAAGCUAAACUGCUACUGUAUGGUGGUCUUUGCUGGCAUUAUCAAUUACCGUACGUUUUGGCCGCUUCCGAUCGAAAGCUAUGCUUCUGGAAGGUGUUAAUUUAA